CCCUUCCACUCGUCCUCUCCUCUUUUCCUCCGUACUCUACCUCUUCCCUCAUUCUUAGCAUCAUCAUCGUCUAUCCUCCAUUCCUUCUCCUACUGAACAUCUCCGAUUUCCAACGGUGUCACGAUUUGAAUCGUGAGUGGCCGGCACAUCACCUCCUGGGCAUCUAAUCAGCUUAUCAUCUGCAGUACGUCACUGCUCUUGACGCUGCUUGUUUGUCCGGUCAUUACCAUUGCUCAUCAUCACAUCGCACAGUACAACCCAUCACCAUGAGGAUCGCCACAUCCUCAGCUCUGCUGGUCGGGGCGGCCUCCGCCAUCAACAUCCAGCAGGAUGCUCAGCAAGUCCUCGGCGGCGCCGCCGACAAGAUCAUGGAGGUGGCAUCUGGUGCCGCCUCCUCCUGGGCCGAUAAGGUCAAGGAUUACGAGGCUGCCUUUGGAGCCAUGACCGACGAGGCCAAGGCCCUGUUCGACGAGAUAGAGCUUCUCGUCCCGAAUGCCUUCGAUUCUUUGCCCUCUCUGCCCAAGCCAAAGAAGCAUUCCCGGAGGCCCGACUCCGAGUGGGACUUCGUCAUGAAUGGUGUCGACAUCCAGAAGGUCUGGACCAAGACCACCGCUGAGGAGGAGAGCCACCGUGCUAUCGGCGGUGAUCUCGAGUCCUAUAAGCUGCGGACCAAGGCUGUUGACCCCUCGAAGCUCGGCGUCGACACUGUCAAGCAGUACAGUGGCUAUCUGGAUGACGAGGCGAAUGACAAGCACCUGUUCUACUGGUUCUUCGAAUCACGCAACGACCCCAAGAACGACCCCGUCGUACUAUGGCUCAACGGUGGCCCUGGCUGCUCCUCUCUGACUGGCCUCUUCUUCGAGCUCGGCCCCUCUGCCAUCGAUGACCAGGUCAAGGUCAAGUACAAUCCCAGCUCCUGGAACAGCAACGCAUCCGUGAUAUUCCUAGAUCAGCCUGUCAAUGUCGGCUACUCGUACAGUGGCGAUUCGGUCAGCGACACUGUUGCUGCCGGCAAGGAUGUCUACGCGCUCUUGACGCUCUUCUUCGAGCAAUUCCCUCAGUACGCCAAGCAGGAUUUCCACAUUGCCGGAGAGAGUUAUGCCGGACACUACAUUCCGGUCUUCACUUCCGAGAUUUUGUCCCACAAGCACCGCAACAUCAACCUCAAGUCCGUAUUGAUUGGCAACGGCUUGACCGACCCCUACACCCAGUACCCUCACUACCGUCCCAUGGCAUGCGGCGAGGGUGGUUACGACGCUGUCCUCAGCGAGAGUGAUUGUCAGUCUAUGGACAACGCCCUGCCUCGCUGCCAGUCCAUGAUCAGCAACUGCUACGAGAGCAAGAGCUGGCUGAGCUGCGUUCCUGCCUCGAUCUAUUGUAACAAUCAGAUUCUCGGUACCUACCAGCAGUCGGGCCGAAACCCGUACGAUGUUCGCAUUGACUGUGAGGGAGGCAGCCUUUGCUAUCCAGGUCUGGGUAACAUCGAUAAGUAUCUCAACAAGCAGGAGGUUAUGGCCGCCCUGGGCGUUGAGACUGUCGACAGUUACGACAGCUGCAACUUCGACAUCAACCGGAACUUCCUGUUCAAGGGCGACUGGAUGCAGCCUUUCCACCUGUUGGUGCCCGGUAUCCUGGAGCAGAUUCCCGUGCUCAUCUAUGCCGGCGAUGCCGACUUCAUUUGCAACUGGCUCGGUAACGAGGCCUGGUCCAACGAGCUUGAGUGGCCCGGCCACAAGGACUUUAAGAGCACCAAGCUGUCGCCUCUCAAGGCCGACGGUGAGGAGUAUGGCAAGGUCAAGUCCUCUGGCAACUUCACUUUCAUUCAGAUCUAUGGUGCCGGCCACAUGGUCCCAUACGACCAGCCCGGCCCAGCUUUGGACUUCUUCAACCGCUGGCUGAGCGGCGAGUGGUUCAACUAAAGCCAAGGCUUUUAUUUGUAACACUACAAUAGUGAGGCCUUGCUGUCUCUUGUAAUGGUCAUGGAAGAAGUGUUUCCAAUGAGUGGUGGUACUUUCCUAUAUAGUCCUCAAGGUGUGAUUUGCAGCCCCAAGAUUGGAUAGAUGGGCGUUGUGUGGUCAGUAGCAUAUGGAUUAAGAAUAAACUCUCACACCA